UGCAAGUGUCAAGGUGGCUUUGCCAAUAAGCUUACCAGAUUUGAGAUGUUGCGGUCCGUCAAUGGGGAAGGAAGCACCGAAGAAGACUGUGGUUCAACACCAAACAAGCAACCAUUACCAACAGGACCGCGCAAAUGACGUCAGUAGACUCCCCUAGGCAGCGACUGGACAUAUUUCUGAGUAGGAAAACAUGGCGGCGGCCUGUCUGUCGAGAGUCACCAGGCUGAGGAAUAACAUCUGUAAAAGCCACCGUUUAUUCUUCAGCAGAAGUACACAGAGACGAGGAAUAGCUUCAUGUGUCGACCCUUCGCACGGACUCUCAGAUGAACAGAAAGAGUUCCAAAAGGUAGCCUUUGACUUUGCAGCCAAUGAGAUGGCUCCACACAUGGCUGAGUGGGACCAGAAGGAAGUCUUUCCAGUAGAAACGAUGCGGCGGGCAGCCCAACUGGGCUUCGGCGGCAUCUAUGUUCAGCCCGAUGUGGGGGGAUCAGGACUGUCUCGGCUCGACACAUCGGUCAUCUUUGAGGCCUUGUCCACCGGAUGCGUCAGCACCACAGCGUACAUCAGUAUUCACAACAUGUGUGCCUGGAUGAUUGACACCUUCGGCAAUGCUGAGCAGAGACAGAGGUUCUGUCCUGACCUUUGUUCCAUGGAGAAGUUUGCUUCUUACUGUCUCACCGAACCCGGCAGUGGAAGUGAUGCUGCGUCCCUCCUGACCAGUGCACAGCGCAAAGGUGACCAUUACAUCCUGAAUGGUUCAAAGGCCUUCAUCAGUGGAGGAGGAGACACGGACGUAUAUGUUGUGAUGUGCCGCACAGGCGGCACAGGUCCUAAAGGCAUCUCCUGUCUGGUGGUGGAGAAGGGAACACCGGGCCUCAGUUUUGGCAAAAAGGAAAAAAAGGUGGGCUGGAACUCCCAGCCAACCAGGGCGGUCAUAUUGGAGGACUGUGCUGUUCCUGUGAGCAAUCGGCUCGGCGAGGAGGGGCAAGGCUUCAUCAUCGCCAUGAAAGGCCUGAAUGGAGGCAGGAUUAAUAUCGCAUCCUGUUCCCUGGGUGCCGCCCAUGCGUCCAUCCAGCUCGCCCGGGAUCACCUGUUGGUGCGGAAGCAGUUUGGUGAGACGCUGUCCAACAACCAGUUUCUACAGUUCAAACUGGCAGAAAUGGCCACCAGGUUGGUGGCGUCCCGUCUUUUGGUACGGGAAGCUGCAGUGGCGCUUCAGGAGGCCCGGCCUGACGCAGUGGCGCUGUGCUCCAUGGCCAAGCUCUUUGCUACCGAUGAGUGCUUCAAUAUCUGCAACCAGGCUCUCCAGAUGCACGGCGGGUAUGGCUACCUCAAAGACUACGCCGUGCAGCAGUUUCUGCGCGACAUCCGUGUUCAUCAGAUCUUGGAAGGAACAAACGAGGUGAUGAGGAUGAUCAUUUCACGCAGUCUCCUGACAGAGUCUUGACAAGUCCUUCCUGCUUCUCGAUGAAAGGUGACCAUCACGUUUGUCUUGUGCUGCUGCUGCUCCUCAGGCCAAGUCCUGUUUUGCAUCACAGGACUGGAAGCAUAUUGGUGACCUGAGGUGGCCUUCCACUUACGGUUAUGCUGUUACUGUAUUUUACCCCAUGACAUAUUUUUAGUGUGUAACACUCCGAAUAAAAUCUCAUUUUUCAUUCAGAG